UGUAUUGAGUUUCUGGGACGCUGAAUGCCUCAGUUGUGAUUGGACAAAAACUCAAAACGAGUGUUGAAAGAUUGACUUCCUUCACUUUAUCAGUGGUUUCGUUUCAGGCGAGUAAGUGCAGUGUGCGACAGGCUUUCCACACCAGAUAGAGCACACAAUCCAGCGAGUUUUUGUGUCAGGUACAUCGCAAUAAAGGCGAAAAUGAAAUACGGAUUAUUAUUGCUCGCGCUUUGCAUUGCUGCAACAGCUCUCACCUCAGGUGCGCUCAGCGCAACCCCAACAACCAUCAAUCUGAACAAACUGAACCAAAAUUCAAGCACAACUACUCCCAGUCCAAACACGACUACUCACAGUCCAAACACGACAACUCACAGUCCAAACACGACAACUCACAGCCCGAACACAACAACUUCUGCACCUUCCACUACUACUACACCAUUACCAGUGCCAACACCAUCCACCAACAUGACAGUGGGGAAUUAUAAUGUUACUGAUGAAAAAGGCUCACUAUGUAUUAUGCUUGACAUGGCAAUCGGGAUCCGUGUGAACACCAGCAUGGUUAAUGGCACAUUCAUUGUUCAGCCAAGCAAAACUAAUUUCAAUGGAGAAUGCUCGCAAAAUGUAGCUUCUAUCAUUCUCAAUUUUGGUGAAGGUGGAAUUUCCUUAAAAUUUAAUAAAAAUGAUGCAACGAAAAAGGUCUUUGUCGAGUUUAUCCAAUACGACUUGACCUAUGCUUUCAAAACAGGAGUGUUAAGCAAUUACACAGGGCUGAACAGGUCUCUUGAGCUGUUUUCUGUGGAUCUGGGUCACUCUUAUUCAUGCAAGGCUGAGACCGUGUACAUGGGAGGCGGUGUGAGUCUGGAUCUGACCCAAAACAGGUUUCAGGCCUUCGAUAUCAAAAACAACGUAUUCGGAUCACCUGAAGUAUGCAAGGCUGAUCAACGUGACUACCGUGUUGCCAUCGUCGUGGGCAUAAUCCUCAUCAUACUCAUCGUCAUUGUAGUCAUUGCUUACCUCAUCAGCAGGAAACGGAGGAGUAAUGGGUACCAGUCACUAUAGAGGCCUACAAGUCGUGAUUUAUGAGAAUACCAGUAAUUCCAGUUUACAGGAAUCUUAAUGCUGUUAUGUAUGUCUUAAGUGAAUGUUACUUAUGUAUACUGAUGAACAUGGAUGGCCUAGGAUCUGUUCAAACAAUGUUUACUAUGCAGGGACAGUAUGCCACAUCCUAACACAAGUUGAAGUUGCCAUCACAUGUUCUGCAUCAUAAUAGAACCAGACAAACAAUUGGCUUAGUACAUGCCUUAUUUAGCCUGCAUUUGUAUACUAAUUACCUUUUUUAAAGAACCUAUCCUUAUACUGACAUUACAGACGGAUGUGCAUACUCUACUGUUGAUCCAUCUUAAGUGUAAGUGCUCUUCACUCUCUGUCACACAUCUAAUGCAUUUUCUGUGAUAGGCUGAUAAGCCAUUGUUAAUCUGAUAAAUAUGUCCAGUACUUUAUUCUUUCCAAAGGGGCCUUAAAACCUAUAAAAGGGAAUUCAGUUGCUUACAUUGUGUAAUUAAUAGUAGAAAGGGUUUUAAAAGCAGUUGU